GCGUAUUUCAGCAUUCUAGGUUGCUAAUCCUUCAGAAUCCAGAAGAGAAUUGCUGCCUUCGACACAGAAAGUUUCCCUGUUAAGGACUUGUCGCUUCUGAGAUUUCCUUAUGUCUUUAAAGGAUCAAGAUUGAGUCUGGGCACACGGUGUGUGCUAAGAAAAGAAUAAUUUAUUGACUUGAAGCCUCGUAGGUCGUGAAUCACUUAGAGGCACUGAGUUUAGGCCUCAGUGAAUACUUGCUGCCAGUUGGUCCAGUUCUCAGGGAACAGCCAUGGGCCCAAAGAAAAAUUCCAAGCUUCAAGAAAGUGGAGGAUCAAAGACCUCUAUUAAAUUUGAAAAACAACUAGGUCCAGAUGAUGAAGAGAUCACAGUCCAUCACUGGAGGAAGUCAAGACAGGAACUCGAACAGGGCUGGAAUCGGAAGCAGGAGCUGAUGCAGAGGCCAUGGCAGGGAGGUGCUGCGUACUGGUUUGCUUCACAAGAUGUAUGACACGACUGCACAGUCGAAAUUUGUCCUAAAGAACCUCAGACACUACACAGUCCAUCCAAAUAUGGCCCAAUACUAUGAGCCUUUGAAGCCCAGUAAACUGCAGAGAUUCCUGACUCAAAGGAAGAAGACCAAUAGUUUCAUGGUAAAGGUGACAGAGUAUGAUCAGGACAUGACGUUACUGCUCAUGACCAACAACCCGCCACCCUACUCCAUCGGCCAGCAGGAAAAUAAUGGUGCUCCCAUAUACUUUCCCCCAGAGUUCCAGUUAAAGGAAACUGUCUAUCGCCGCGAACCCAACAAAAAUGACUUCCUUCCCACAAUGUCUCAGAAAAAGAAGUUAAAACCAGUUCUGAAGCCAAUCUUCCCUAUGAAACGGAUAGGUGACCCUAACUUCAAGGGACAACAAUGGUUUAGGUUUUCUACUGACAAGGAUUUCAAGAUUGAAGGGAGGUAUUCUGAAGUCCACGCUUUAAGGAAACAGAAAAAAAUGUAUCCUAAUCUCAUCUUUGCCCCAGUCGACCAGAGAGAGACAAGGAAACAAGUUUCCAUGAAGUCGGCGGAUGAAACACCAACUUCGCAAGUGCUUUGGGAACCAUUGACAUUUUCAAAGCUCCUAGAAGAGAAGCCUACAAGAAGUGUGCCAGGGGAGAGCUGCUUUCGCUAUGGAAGGGCCCAGCAGUGGGUGGUCAAAAAUGCGGCUGUCAUUAAGUGAAGACAAAUCCUUUAAGCCCCUCUCUGCGCUCUCCAAGAACUGAGGGGACCUGGAGAAGUCACCAACCAAAUAAAGUUCCAUGUUUGUAGCCUCA